AUGCCACGACCUUCCCGGGAAUCGUAUGGUGACCAAAAACCACCGUAUUCGUAUAUAUCACUAACAGCAAUGGCCAUAUGGAGUUCACCAGAGCGAAUGCUGCCGCUAUCCGAGAUAUACCGCUUCAUAAUGGACCGAUUCCCCUAUUAUCGAAGAAACACACAGAGAUGGCAGAAUUCGCUGCGACAUAAUCUAUCUUUCAACGAUUGCUUCGUGAAGGUGCCGCGUCGGCCUGACAGGCCCGGCAAAGGCGCCUAUUGGACUUUACACCCGCAAGCAUUUGAUAUGUUUGAAAAUGGUUCAUUACUGCGCCGUCGCAAGAGGUUUAAGUUACAGAAAGGUGAAAAGGAUAAUUUGAACGCAGAACUAGCAGCGCUGGCAACUUUUAACCGUGCAUUUUUGGCUCGCCAGGCUAAUGCGGGCCCCUCGCCGACGGCUUUACCCACCGCGAGUUUGUAUACACCUACAAUGUGUUCACAAAUGAGUCCCGAACCAGCUGAACUAGCAGAGGUUACUGCGGUCACAGUUCUACCCAGAGAAAGACCACGACGAGCGUUCACAAUAGAAGCUUUACUGGAACCAGAGCCGCCUCGAUCAUCUCCAUCUCCACCUCAACCGUUUUCAAUGCCAGUGCAUAUGGCGUUACCGAGAAUUGACUUAUCCAUUCCAUCGCCGUAUAUGCUAGCGGCGCAUCGGUAUCAGGCAGAGCUCUUGCAGGCGGCUGCUCAUGCUUUGCGGCCGUGUUACCUUCCACCGCCAGUGCUCCCAGUCGCGUGA